CGUGCCUCCCUCCGUCCUCUCCGCGGCCUCGGGAUGUCGUCGGGCGGCAGCCUGAGCACCAUGCAGCGGCUGGUGGAGCAGCUGAAGCUGGAGGCGGCCGUGGAGAGGAUCAAGGUCUCUCAGGCAGCUGCAGAACUCCAGCAGUACUGUAUGCAAAAUGCCUGCAAAGAUGCCUUGCUUGUUGGGGUUCCUGCGGGGAGCAAUCCCUUUAGAGAACCCCGAUCCUGUGCUCUACUCUGAAAUCAGGGAAGGUCAUCGGAGAGUUGCCUUCAAG